GUUCAUCCACUGGACCAGACGCGCUAAUAAGUAGAACAAAUGUAGUUGGAGAUCAGCCCCAAGGUGAUUGCUGAAUGUUUACACUCCAGUUAAUACAAUCCGCCCCUCUAGAGUCCAGCCUCUAAUUACCAAAAUAAAGCCUUGAUUUGCGCUUAUAAUCCCGAGUUUGAGGGGGACACAGGACACGGAGAGUGGACAUGAGGAGGAGGAGAGGAGGUGGCCUGAUGCGCGCCCCCGUCUGUCGCCCAGGAGCAGGCGGAUUGAACGGAGGAAGGACCGCUUGUGCCAGCGGCUGGGCGAAGCUCCACCGAUGGGCCGGACGAAUACAGGAAGUCGGGUCAUCGUACCUUCAAAAUAAAGUUAUUCACGCGAUAAAUGAAAAAAAAACCCUUGAACUCGUGCUCGGAUGUCGUGCCAGAUGGAUAAACUUUUCAACAGCGGACAUUUUUCCUAAAUGCGCAAAUAAGUGUUCUAGCUCUAGUCACGUAAGCUCAACGUGAGAGCUUCCAGCAAGGCGUUUUACUGAGGGCACGACAGUAGAAUUAGAUUUCUAACAAAACACUACUCUGACGCUUUUAAUGCCACACGCUGCCUUGAAACCCGUAAAGUAUUUUAUUUUGAAAACCGGGAUGGGAACACGGUAUUCUCGUGGUGUCCAGCUUGCCUCUGUGUGGCUGUUAACAUUGGAGAGAGUGGGAGAGAAAAGGAGCAAAUGUGCGCGGCGGCGGUGAGGGAGGGAGGACAGCGAGUGCGCAAAUAGGCAGCCAGGCACAUCAGCAAGCAGCGGCAGAGCAUCUUCCUGAUCCUGAUCUCCCGUGAUCUUCAGCUGCCAAUCCACUGUGCGCGUCUCUCUCUCUGAUUGAGAUUUCACUGCCGGGCUGAAGUGUCCAGAAAGCCCUCCGCCAACCAUCACCUCCCACCACACACUUUCCUCUGGAGCUCGGUUAUUCUUAGCUCAGCUGCGAGAGACUGUCCUUCCGGUCCUUCUCUUAUUUAUCCCAGUUUCUUGAAUAUUUAAUGGAAAAUGGCGAUCUGCGCGCAGUCGUACGGUGUUUUCUGCCUCUUCGCCAUCCAAACUGUACUUAUCAUAUGCGUGUCCACGCCGACGGACGGGACCCACCUCUUCCCCCAGCACUACACGAUGAUUCACUGGGCCGGACGCAUCGAGAAGGAGCUGGAAAAGGUUCUGCAGCACGUCACUGGGACUCAGCAGAUGAGAUCGAUUUAUAACGAGAAGAAGAGUCAGUUUGAAAUCAAGAGAAACAACCCCAAGGACUUGGUGGAGAGAGUGGCACGGGACAUUUCCAAGCUGCUCAACAGUAAGAGGAAAGCCCUGGAGAAGCUGGCCAGGGAGGCAGAGCUGCUCCAGAAGGAACAUGAAUGGCAAGACGGUGUGACGGAGAAUGCCAUUUCAUACUACGAUUCCAAAGCGGAUUCAGACUAUGCGGAGGAUGGAGAAGAGGAGAAUCCACUGGAGACCUCGACGUCUUUGGAGUUGGAGUUUGUGGACGAUCCAAAUUUCAAAAACAAGGUCAACUACUCUUCAAGUGCGGUCCAGAUUCCCACAGACAUAUACAAAGGCUCCCCAGUCAUCCUAAAUGAGUUAAACUGGACCCAGGCACUGGAGAGGGUCUUCAUUGAUAACCGUCGGGAGGACAGCUCUCUGCGCUGGCAGGUGUUUGGCAGUGCCACGGGAGUGACUCGAUACUAUCCAGCCACUCCAUGGAGGGCACCCAACAAGAUUGACCUGUACGACGUCCGCAGGAGACCUUGGUAUAUCCAAGGUGCAUCGUCUCCAAAGGACAUGGUCAUCAUCGUUGAUGUGAGUGGGAGUGUCAGCGGACUCACUCUGAAGCUGAUGAAAACCUCCGUAAUUGAGAUGUUGGACACUCUAUCAGAUGACGACUACGUGAAUGUGGCCCGGUUCAACGAGAAGGCCGAUGCCGUCGUUCCGUGCUUCACUACUUUGGUCCAAGCCAAUGUUCGGAACAAGAAGAUCUUCAAGGAGGCUGUCAUGCAUAUGCAAGCCAAAGGAACCACAGAUUACAAGUCUGGCUUCAAGUUUGCCUUUGAACAGCUUCUCAAUGAGAGCAGUGCCCCGAGGGCCAACUGCAAUAAGAUGAUAAUGAUGUUUACAGAUGGCGGCGAGGAUCGUGCACAGGACAUCUUCGAGAAGUACAACUGGCCCAACAAAACGGUUCGUGUGUUCACCUUCUCUGUUGGCCAACAUAAUUAUGAUGUCACCCCUUUGCAGUGGAUAGCUUGUGCCAAUAAAGGUUACUACUUUGAAAUUCCAUCGAUUGGAGCCAUCAGAAUCAACACCCAGGAGUACCUGGAUGUCCUGGGUCGUCCCAUGGUGCUGGCUGGGAAUAAAGCCAAGCAGGUCCAGUGGACGAAUGUCUAUCAGGAUGCUCUGGGUUUGGGCCUCGUCAUCACUGGAACAAUGCCAGUCUUCAACCUCACUGCUGAUACUGUCAGCUCUCAGAACCAGCUCAUCCUCGGAGUCAUGGGAGUCGAUAUUGCAAUUAACGAAAUCAAAAAGAAGACUCCUACCUACAGACUCGGAGCUAAUGGCUACACAUUCGCCAUCGACCCAAACGGCUACGUACUGCUGCACCCCAACCUGCGACCCAAAAUCAUUAACUUCAGGGAGCCCGUCACUUUGGACUUUCUGGAUGCAGAGCUGGAAGACAACAACAAGGAGGAGAUCCGUCGACAAAUGAUUGAUGGCAAAUCAGGGCAAAGGAAAAUCAAGACGCUCAUUAAGUCAGUUGAUGAGAGAUACAUCGACGAGGCCCUGCGGACGUACACAUGGACGCCUGUGGAGGGGACAGAUUACAGUCUAGGGUUGGUACUGCCCACAUAUAGUGAGAAUCACAUCAAGGCCAACCUGAGUGACCAGAUCCUUCAGGUGCAGUUGCCAUACAUCAAGGAUUUUGAAUCACUGCUGCCAAACAGUUUUGAGUCUGAAGGACAUGUAUUCAUUGCUCCCAGGGAGUACUGCAAUGAUCUGGAACUGUCCAACAACAACACCGAGUUCCUGCUCAACUUCAUUGCUCUCAUGGAGAAGGUGACACCGGACUCCAAACAAUGUGACAACUUGCUCCUUCAUAACCUGAUCCUGGACACCGGCAUCAUCCGGCAGUUGGUGGAGAAAGUGUGGAAGAAUAAAGACUUGAACACAUACGGUUUUCUGGCCGUGUUUGCGUCAACAGAUGGAGGCGUAACGAGAGUGUUUCCGAACAAGGCUUCAGAGACCUGGGAGGAAGACCCUGAGCCGUUUAAUGCCAGCUAUUACCGCCGCAGUCUCGACAACAAGGGCUACAUCUUCCGAGCGCCUUAUCGAACAGCAAGGGACGAGCUGCUGAACCCAGAGAACGACACCAUUGGGAUCCUGGUCAGCACGGCAGUGGAGAUCACCGUCGGAGGGAAGACCAUCAAGCCUGCAGUGGUUGGAGUGAAACUAGACCUUGAAGCCUGGACGGAAAAGUUCAAGAUUCUUGCCAGUAACCAUACAGAUAACCGUCAGGGCUCAAAUACGUGUGGACCAAACAGGGGCUGUGAGAUGGACUGCGAAGCCAACAGUGACGACCUCCUGUGUUAUUUAAUAGACGACGGUGGAUUCUUGAUCAUGUCUAAUCAGAAGGAGGACUGGAACAAGGUGGGGAUGUUCUUCAGUGACGUCGAUGCCUACUUGAUGCACGCUCUCUACAACAACUCCUUCUACAACCGCAAGCAGUCAUUUGACUACCAGUCUGUGUGUGAACGGCUGCCCAACAGUGAAGCUGGAGCAGCACCCAGAGGAGUGUUUGUGCCCACGAUUGCAGAUUUUGUAAACGUGGCUUGGUGGACAUCAGCAGCUGCAUGGUCCUUGUUCCAACAGUUUAUAUAUGGACUGGCGUAUCACAGUUGGUUCACCACAGACGAGGUGGAUGCAGAAGGAUUCGACUCCAAAGAGCGGAGUUGUGUAAUGAUCCAGACUCAGUACUACUUGAGUAAUCUCAGCAGCUCCUACAACAUCCUGCAAGACUGUGGCAACUGCUCCAGGCUGAUUCAUGCCAAGAGGAUAAACAACACCAACUUGCUCUUUGUCGUGGCGGAGAAGAUAUCGUGCAACACCUGCAACAUCGAGAAGCUGUCCCAGGAGGAGGAGGAGUUCAAGGAGGAGAAUCCGUGUGAAGAAAUGCCUGUGGCGCGCUAUCGAAAAGGACCCUCCACCUGCUUCGAUAAUAACAUCUCUGAGAACACAUCAGACUGUGGACGAGGCCACUCCUUCCGUCCGUGUCUCUACACUUUGCUGCUCAUCCAGCUGCUCCUACUUUAUCCCGCCAUCAGCCCCAACACUCACUCUCUACUACAUUAAUUCCAUUUUCCUCUGCUUCUCCUCUCCUCCUUGUAGCCCUCACAAGCUUCUCUCCCCACCCCUCCAAAAAAAACCUCCAACCUCCAACCUCCCCGCUCUGUGCCCCCUAAGCCCUACUCCCCGAUAUAGUCAUAGGUAAUAAUGGGACUUCCCAUCACGGCAAGUUGGAAGCCCUGAGUGCCGCGCUACCCAGCUCGCUUCAGUUCAUGUCGCUUAGUGACAACUGCCGGACAUUUGUGUCCUCAGCCAGUUAAUCUACAUCUGCAGGAGGAGUGGGUGGUGCCGGACCACCCGGAUCAUCACAGGCAGCGUCAGAAAAGAGAAAACACGACUCCCCCCACGCCUUCAUGACCCUGCCACCUCCACCAUCCAGAGAAGGAAGGAGAAAGAGGACCGGUGGAUGUCCUCGUCACAGACCUGCCGCCUCAUACAGACUGGAGAGUUGAGGUCGUCUGUCCGCCUUCGGCCUCCUCCUCCUUUUCUCCUCCAUCUCAGAGUGUCACCGCUCUGUCGUUUUGGCCUCUCGAUAAGAGGCUGCAGACCAUAAAACCACCAUAAAAGAAAAAUAACUGAGAAAAAACUAAAAAGAACUGUCAAGUAUACAAAAUGUCAAGUAUAAACUGCUGAAGUGAUGAGUAUUCCAAACAUUACAGUAUAUUUAGUUUUAAAUUUGAAAAGGAAGUCGUUAGGUGUUAACUUAAACAUUAAUUUAUGCACUGUAUCUACUUGCCAAAAUGAGAUAGACUUUCAUGUGGUCUUAUUUUUUAUAGCCAAAACAUGAAGAGGAGGCGGCUUCUGAUUUAGAUUUAACCAUGACGAGGAAGAGGAGACACUAGGAAACUGAACGCUGAUUCAUUUUGUGCAGCGCCUGAUUACAGAUUAAUGCUUAUAAAAGAUGUCCACUGGGGAUUAUUGUAAUUACAUGAUGGUAAUCGCAUUUGUUGAAGUAUAUUUCUGUUAUAUUUACCGUUUAAGGCUCGUGUUAUCGGACUUACACAAUAGUGACGGCUGUAAAACAUGAAUCAGUGUUCAGUUAUGUUGUCGAUGUCUUGUAGCGUUUCUCCUUUCAGGACCGUUCUGACCUCUGGUUUGGACUGAUGCUAACAAAAAAAAAGAAAAAAGAAACCCCUGUGCUCUCUGACGCUCACCUCUGCCAAUCCUCAUGAGGCUUCUAACCGAAAUCACAAUUUGUAAACGUGCUUUACUUCUGUUCAAACACGCAGAAAAAAAAAAAAUCUCUGCCUCAUGACCGUCUCGUACUCGUUCCAGGUGGGUUUUAUUUUUAUUUUAUUACCUUCGACUGAUGCUGUUCAAUCUUCAAAAACCAUUCGCUGCUGGGGGAUAGGGGCUUAUCAACAUUUCCAACAAAAGUGCAGAAGAGGCAACUAAAUAUGGUGAUCACGUGCAAAGUAGUAGUGUGGUUGUAAUCUGUCACAGUUCAUCAUUCGAUCAUUACGGUGUGUGAAAAGUCAUUUUAGACUCCCAUGUUUAGGAGCCGCUCUGUUUCAUAGUGCCUUGAUGCACUUUGUUUUGGACCACAUCGGCUGUAUAAGAGUAGAGCCACCGUAUAGUACCUUUAUCGAGCAGCCACCUUUGAGGCUUUGGACUGAAUCUUAGACUGAAUCUGUCGGCUAUAGAAAAAUAGCUUUACGCCGAGCCGCUGACCGGCUCUAGCUUCAGUGUAUCUGCCCUCUCGGCUCCAGAGCCACCCGACUGCCAUCGUAUGGAGUUACUAUACCGUUCCUUUACAAAGCCAUGUAUAGAGCUACGAUACACUAUCAGUAUACAGCGACUUAACUGGCCAUAGAGCGUUUUUAGGGCCACCUGACUGCUAUAAUUCUGCCUGAGUCGUAUGCGUGGAUGCGUGCGUGUUACUUUUUUGCGUUUAAAAACCCUCAAAGGGGAAUGUCUUUUAAAUGAGUUGUGUAGUGUGUGAGGGGGAUGACAGACGUGGUAGCUGUUUUUUUUUUUCCUGUCCCUAUGUUGCAGCGGACAAAAUCUGGUGUUGCCGCUGAGGAAACGAAAAAGGGAUUUUACUGAAAACAAAACAAAACAACAAAAAAAAAAACAAUCCAUCGUUAACCGUCAGUCUGCCUAAAUAUUAAUCAAAGGGAGCAGAGGUGUCCGAAAGAAUGUGUAGUUUUCAUCAGUGUUUAUCUGCUUCAAAUGCAACAUAGGUAACAAAGCCUCUCUAAAUGCCUUAGUGUUACACAGUACGGAGCUCUGAUCACCUCCCCCUCCCCUUCUCAUCUGUACACGCACACACUCACACACACACAAAUAGAUCCUCCAAAAUAUCCUCCACUCCCUCUGGACUCUUCUUGAUGUUCUGCAGUAAGUAUAGUGAGCUCUAAUUUUGUAUUUUGUACGUCUUGGAAUGAUUCGUUAUUGACUGAUGCCUGUUCAAUUACAUGCCUGAAAGCAGGUGGGAGUUUUUCAAUUUCCAAAAAAAAAACAAAACACCGCGACCUUCGAUGUUCACGCCCACACGAAAAACCCUCACUGUAUCGCUCAGGUGGGAACACACUCACGCGACAAUUUGAACCUUAACUUCUCACUAUGUACAGUUGUUGGUACUAUUUGAUGUGGCAAACAUGCUGGCACAGUAACUGCGGCGCCGCUCCGAAACAAAUCAGAAAGAAAAAAAACGUUGGGAAAUUGAAAGACACGAGUUUCCAAAAUUUGGUUCCUUUUCAGUGUGGAGCGCUGAGCAGAUGCAGCUGUACUUUUCUGGCAUUUGUUUGUCUCUGUCCUGUGCCAUUAAUUCUGUCUGUAUCUCCCUAUUUCCACUGUCUGUAAAUGAGCGCUACACGUGCCUGUGGAAAUGUACCCCCUGCGACUUCCUCUCUUUUCCUGGCUCUGUACUCACACAUUCACUUAAUAUGUAGGCCUACGUCUUUGUUUAUGUUUUUGCACCUGCACCGACACAUAAUGCAGACACACACCUAUAAGCAAACAUGUAAAGACACUUAUUCAUGCCCAGCUGGGAGAUGUCAAGCACCAGGCAACAAGUGAGCCAAGGACGUCACUUCCUGGGUGUUUUUAUUUGGGGUGAGCGGGUGGAAUGUCAGAGGCAAGCUCAGGGAGUGGGUCUCCACAGAGCAGCACGGGCCUGUCGAACAGAAGGUCACGGAGGAAUCAUGUGGUGACGUCUGCGCGUGCAUCCCCACUGAAAAACUCAGCCCAG